GUCAUAGCGUUGACAGCCUUAGGUCUUCGCGAGAACGUCCGGUCGGCCAUUGAAUUGCUGAAGAAUAUUGAGCCCAUCACUGAAGUGGAAUCAGUCGCUGAGAUAUACUUCCGAUUCAUUACACUCAAGGCAUCCGAAUAUGACAAAUUUCAUGAACUAAAAAGUGAAUUAUCGCGAAGAAGUGAUCUCUUCCUUAAGAAAGUGAUGGAAUGCCGCAAAAAAGUGGCCAAAAAUGGUCACCCAUUCAUAUCUGACGGAUGCACAAUCCUAAUCCACGGCUGUUCCCGUUCUGUCAACUGUACGUUAGCUGAGGCCAAAAGGGCUAACAAGAGAUUUACUGUUUUUGUCACCGAAUCUGCACCUGAUAUGAGUGGGAGAACAAUGGUUGAAUGGCUGAAGAAUAACGGAAUCAGUAGCACUUUAAUCAUCGACUCCGCGGUCGCCUAUAUUAUGGAAAGAGUGGACAUAGUAUUGGUCGGCGCCGAAGGGGUGGCAGAAAGUGGAGGAAUUAUUAAUAAGGUA